AUCAGGGAUUAAGAAAUGAUUAUUGAGUUUUUUUAAGCAAAUGAAGUGCGUAUAUAUAACUUCUGGUUUUAUUUCCUAUACAAUAGCCUCUGGCGACCUUUAUUUCCUCACAAACUAGUUACUCGAUCGAUCUUGAGACAUUCAACGUGGGGGGUAAUUAAGGGCACUGCCUUGCAAAUAUAAUUGAGCCAUGGCGGCCGUCCUGGAUGCCCUGGCACCUUACGUCAAGAAGCUGCUCACGGGCAUGGCUGAAGAGGAGGUGUCCAUGCUGUUGGGAGUCUCCGGCGAGAUCACCAAGCUGGAGGACAACAUGGAAAGCAUCAAAGCCUUCCUCGCGGAUGCUGAGAGGAGGCGCCUCACUGACCUGACCGUGAAGAAAUGGGUGAGGAAGCUCAAGGACGCCAUGUACGACGCCACCGACAUCAUAGACCUGUGCCACCUCGAGGCUGACAAGCGGAGGGGCACCACUGCAGACGGCAGCAGUAGUGUGAAGGAGAAGGUGCCUGCAGGUUGCUUCCAGCCGUUGCUCUUCUGCAUGCGUAAUCCAGUGUUCGCCCACAAGAUAGGCAGCCAGAUCAAGGAGCUCAACCAGCGGCUUGACGACCUCCACAAGGAGGCAGACAGGUUCAAGUUCAACAUCGGCCUUGGUUCCAAUCCGGAGCCGAGGAUCCUCACUGAUGCUGAAAGGUCUAUGCAGAAGACGACGUCCGAGUUCAAUGAGUCAGCCAUUGUUGGGGACAAGAUCAAGCAGGAUACAAGGGAGCUUGCCCAACUGCUAAUCACCAGUGGUAGCCACAACAUCAAGGUGGUGUCCAUCGUGGGCACUGGAGGAAUGGGGAAAACCACCCUUGCCCAAAAGAUCUUCAAUGAAACAUCAGUCCAAGAGCACUUCAAGGUGAAGGUAUGGCUGAGCAUCACCCAGCACUUGGACGAUGUCGAGCUGCUCAGGACAGCAAUCGAGCAUGCGGGGGGUGUCCAUGGAGGGACACACGACAAGACGCUCCUCACGCGGACCCUCACUGGCAGGCUGUCCACGGGCAGGUUCCUCCUGGUCUUGGAUGAUAUGUGGAGUGAACAAGCAUGGAGUCGAGUGCUUAGUGUCCCAAUCAGAAAUGCCAGCCAGAAACAGCCGGGGAACUGGGUCCUCGUCACAUCAAGAUUGGAGGACCUGGCUCUACGGAUGGGAGCCUCCUUCUACCAACACCAUGUCAGCCCACUGAAUGAAGAAGACGCUUGGUCCUUGCUCAACAAACAGCUGCCGCUGCAGCCUAAUCAGGUAGUAGGAACUGACCACCUAAGGGACGUCGGGAUGAAAAUCAUCAAAAAGUGUGGUGGUUUACCACUUGCUGUCGAAGUGGUGGGAGGAUUGCUAAGCACCAAGCCUCAAAGCGAGGGUGAUUGGGAAGCUGUUUUGCACCAUCGUGCAUGGUCAGUAGAUGGAUUGCCUGAGGAGCUGGACAAACGAAUCUACUUGAGCUACGAGGACUUGUCUCCCCAGCUCAAGCAAUGCUUCCUUUACUGCUCCCUUUUCCCUAAAGCCACAAGAAUUUUGGAGAGAAAUGUUGUUCCCAUGUGGAUUAGUGAGGGAUUUAUCCAACCUCAGGGCGGAAGCAGUUCACAUGAUGACCAGCUAGAGGAAAUAGCAACCGAGUACUACAAGGAGUUAAUCACGAGGAAUCUCAUAGAACCUACAGAAGAGCAUCCUAUCACUGGAUACGAGUGCACAAUGCAUGACGUGGUGCGCUCUUUUGCUGAAUAUAUGUCUAGAGAAGAUUCUCUUGUGGUACGGUCCAGGAUAGCAUGCAAGUUGCUGGCGGGAGUAGCCUUCUUGUGCGUCGCAUGUCCGUGGGGCCGGCAAGUGAACUCAUUCCAGAAGAAUGGGCCGCUCUAAGAAAGCGAGUGUCACUUAGAACAUUAAUUAUAAAUUGCAAAAUCAACUACAAGCCGGGUGAUUCUUUAACUUGUUUCUCUAGG